CUCAAACCUGCAGGUAUGAUCCAAAGGAAUGAGGUUGUGCUGUCCGUCCUGCGAGAGCUCCAGGAGGCCACAGAGAGCGCCGGCCUGGAUGCUGUGACCAGAGUGGCUGUGGAUGUAGAGCGGGCCCUCACUCCUUUUCAGCCCCCUACGGCCCCCUGUCAGGAUUUUGCAGAGUGGGUGCAUGUGGACAAAGCAGCCCAUGCUUUGUACCCUGCUGAUGCACCUGGGGGACUCCUGCCUCUUAGCUGUAAUGGAGAAGGCAACUUGCUGUUUGAUGCUGUAAGUACACUGCUUGUGGGCAACACCGGACUCAGCUUGGAGCUGCAGGUAAGGACUGUGGUGGAAAUGGUGCUGUGGAAAAGAUACUACUUAUCAGGGAUGAUUGAUUCUAAGAUGAUGCUCCAAGCUGUUCGAUUCAGUCUUAGUGCAGAAGAGUCUGAAGACAUGCUGAACCUGCCUGUAGCCGUCCUGGAGGCCAUCUUUGAUGCAGAUGUGAAAGCGUCCUGCUUCCCUGGCUCCUAUGCCAACAUGUGGCAUGUUUACGCCCUGUCAUCUGUCCUCCGGUUCAACAUCUAUUCCAUCUACCCCAUGUUCAACCUCAAGAUCAGACCCUAUUUCAAUCGACUGAUACGCCCAAGAACCUGGCCUGAAGACUCGGAGGCACAAACCAUUCACAUAAUGUGGUCUGGGGACAUGCAGUCUGAGUGCUUGUUCAGGCCUAAAUACUUUGUCUCCCUGGUUCAGGCAAAUUUUCUCAUGUGUAGAAGCCCUGAAAGUGAGGAGAUGGUGUCUCCGCACAGGAGCGAGGACCAGCUGAAGCAGAAGUCGCAGUUUUCCUACCCAAGUCUGAAGGAUAAGUACAACAUCACCAAGAGGACCUUCUACCGCUGGAAGAGGCAGACGCAGGAAAACUGCAAAAAGUCCGCAGCGAGGUAUGAGGCAAAAUACUUCCUCCAGGCCUGCUUCUUGGAAGGCAAGCUCAUUCCUCUGCACCAGUUUAAAGAAUUUUUCCCCGAGAUCUCAAGGUCCUCGUACUACAACUGGAAGCAUGAGCUCCUGAAAACUGGAGGACAUUUCUCCACAUCCUCCUCGACUGGAGAGAUUAGUCCUGGAGAGAGCACGGAGCAGGAGGUGUGGUCCUCACCCGAAACCAAGCAAGACGAGCCAGACCACCACGACAGCGUGGCCAGAAUGUUCGGCCUUAAUCUGGGCAAGCUGGAUGCGGAGAGGGCUCAGAAUGUAGCACACAUGCAGGAAGCUAAACGCUGCCUGCAGAACUGCAUUGCUAUGAACACUUCCUUCCCCUUCAGGAUAUUCAAGAGAAACUUCCCAGGAAUUUCACGAUCAACCUACUACAACUGGAGAAGAGAAGCCCUGCUAUUCAGUCGGGGGUACAAAGGCACCGUCGGCAGCAGUGAAGAGAGCUCAGAUGCUGACAAGAGCGAGAGCCCAAAAGGUCAGUUGCUGAUGCUGCCUGGCUUUACUCAACCCACCGUGCCGAAGAUGAGGGUCUGGGGACAGAUACACAGAAGAUUCCGGCUGGCUUAUCUGAGUAACAAACAGUUAAGAGAAGCUGCAAAGUUGUAUGUUCAGAAGUCUAACUGGUCCUUGACAAAAUUCAAGCUCAAGUUCCCCUCCAUCUCCUCGUGCUUCUAUUGGCUGUGGCGUGGCUGCCAAAACCACAAGACAAAGAAGGUGACGACCACCCAGGGUGCAGAGGUCAAUGUCCCAGAGAGCACAGAAAGUAACGCCAACAAGACAACAGAGAAGCAGGAUGGACUCCCAUUUGUCCAGAUCCCCCAGUACCUGCAAUGUUCCGCCGUGCCUUCUUUUGACGCCCCGCAGCUAAAGCAUCCCUUCCCCAGCAGGGUGCCCACGGAGGAGCAGAUGUUUUCAGUGGAUGUCGUAGCUCUCGCCAACUUCAAGGCCAAAGCCAAGCUGUUCCUACAGCGGCGUUUCGAGGAGAAGUCCUUCCCCACAUUCAAAGAAUUUCGAUCCUACUUCCCAUUCACCGCACGCUCCACAUACUACAUGUGGAAGCGAGCUUUGUAUCAUGGCGUGUCACUGGUCCAUGGGUAAAUCAGUGUAAGCUUGAAGUAAUCUAAACUACCUGUAGUGUUAAAUCCAUGUUAAGUAAACUGGCUUAGCCUUGCCUUGAAUCAUUUCUACCUCCUGGACAUUUGCACGUGUGAAAAGAA